AGGUUGCCAGAAGCCUGACAAACAAGAUUCAAAAAAAGAUCAAGAAUGAUUUUGCCAAAUUAAGUAAACAAAUGCAAAAUAAUAUAAACUAUAUUGUUAGUCAAGAGAAAAGAAAAGAGCGUUCAAUACCUAAAAAUUUUCAAAUCUUUGAAACAUCAACAGAAGAAUUUGAUAUUGUGAUUAAAAGGAUGAUAUCU